AUGGAGAUGGAGGAAAAGUACUUGAAGCCAGUCACCACCCCGUUACACGACUUCUCGGGAUCGCCUAUUCGACCAAAAGGGAUGAUAGAGCUCCAAAUCCACGCUGAUUUAGGUGAGUUGCAAAGAUCUGUUAUGGCUAAUUUUUUGGUGAUUGAUAUUCCUUCAGCGUAUAAUGUUAUUCUGGGAAGACCAAGCCUUAACAACCUCAAAGCAGUGGUCUCUACUUACCACCUCAAAAUGAAAUUCCCAACGGAGAGGGGAAUAGGAGAGUACAUAGGCGACCAACUGGAAUCAAGAAGAUGCUAUGUAAAUGCCCUCAAAGAAACCAAGAAGUCGAAGGACAUCCUCAUGUUGGAAGUUGACAACCGGAGUAAAGAGGAAGAGACCAAAAGAGGAAAGCCGGUAGAGGAGCUGGUCCCUAUCAGCCUUUUCAACACAGAUACCUCCAAAAAACUCUUCUUGGGAGCAUCUUUAUAG